AAGCCUUUUCCUCAUCAGAUCGAGAUCACUGCAAAACUCUCUCUCGCACGCUCAUGGCGUCUCUUUUCCAUCACUCGACUCCCCAAUCCGACGGCAACCCAGAAAUCAACAUCGCAGUAGAAAUGGAAGCAGUGAAUCCGGAUGGUUUUAAGAUGACGACGGCUCGGACUCGGUCGGAGGAUGGUGUUUUCCUGACAUGGGAGGAUCUGUACGUGACUGUUUCCAACGGAAAAAAUGGCACGAAACCGAUCCUUCAGGGUCUAACGGGUCAUGCCCGACCCGGGGAGCUUCUCGCCAUAAUGGGUCCUUCUGGUUGUGGCAAGUCCACCCUUCUUGAUGCAUUAGCGGGGAGGUUGAGUUCAAACAUAAGGCAAACAGGGGACAUUCUGAUCAACGGUCGUAAGCAAGUCCUCGCUUACGGAACAUCGGCAUAUGUAACACAAGAUGAUACCUUAAUGACGACUCUGACAGUCAGAGAAGCCGUGUACUACUCAGCUCAGCUACAGUUACCGAACUCCAUGUCAAAAUCCGAGAAGAAGGAGAGAGCAGAGAUGACGAUGAGAGAGAUGGGUUUGCAGGAAUCAAUGGACACAAGAAUCGGCGGGUGGGGAGUCAAAGGCAUCAGCGGCGGGCAAAAGAGGAGAGUCAGCAUUUGCAUAGAGAUCUUGACACGCCCGAAGCUUCUGUUUCUCGACGAGCCGACAAGCGGGCUCGACAGCGCAGCAUCGUAUUAUGUCAUGAGCAGAAUUGCACGCCUCGGCCAAAGAGAUGGGGUUGGAAGAACCAUUGUCGCCUCCAUUCAUCAGCCCAGCAGUGAAGUCUUUCAGCUCUUCCACAAUCUCUGUCUCCUAUCUUCAGGUAGAACCGUCUAUUUUGGUCCUACUUCUGCAGCAAAUGAGUUUUUCGCUUUAAGUGGUUUCCCCUGCCCUACUCUCCAAAAUCCAUCCGACCACUUCCUGAAAACCAUAAACAAGGAUUUCGAAAAGGAUCUCGAAGGAGGUGCAAUUGGAGCAAUAUCUGCAGAGGAAGCAAUUGAAACACUUGUAAGAUCGUAUGAUUCAUCAGGCAGGCUCCAACAAGUAGCAAAGCAAGUAGCUGAAAUACGUAAACAAGACCAUAGAGAAUUGGACAGGAAGAGAAGCCGUGCAAGCUUCCUUAGUCAAUGUCUUGUUCUAACGGAAAGAUCUUUUGUGAACAUGUAUCGUGAUCUGGGCUACUAUUGGCUGCGUCUAGCAAUAUAUAUAGCAUUGGCUAUUGGCCUUGGUACAGUGUUUUACGAAAUUGGGGAUGGUGAGGGUUCAGUUCAGGCUAGAGGUUCACUGGUCACGUUUAUAGCUUCAUUUCUAACAUUCAUGGCCAUUGGUGGAUUUCCAUCCUUUGUGGAGGAUAUGAAGAUAUUCGAACGAGAAAGAUUAAACGGGCAUUAUGGUGCUACUGCAUUUGUCAUCAGCAACACAUUCUCCGCUCUGCCAUACCUAGUACUGGUUUCAGUCAUUCCUGGAGCAAUAGCUUAUUUCCUACCCGGACUACGCAGCGGCCCACAAUACUUUCUCUACUUUGUUCUUGUGAUAUUUGCUUGCAUGAUGUUGGUUGAGAGCUUGAUGAUGAUUGUGGCAAGCAUUGUGCCCAACUACCUGAUGGGUAUAAUAACAGGCGCAGGAAUUCAAGGCCUGAUGAUUUUAGUCGGAGGAUUCUUCAGAUUGCCAAAUGAUCUUCCAAAGCCAUUGUGGAAAUACCCUUUACAUGAGAUCGCUUUUCACAAGUAUGCCUACCAAGGAAUGUUCAAGAACGAGUUUGGAGGAGCAACGUUUCCUAAUGACCAACCUGGAGGGCCACCCACCAUUUCUGGAGAUGAGAUUCUGAGACAUACAUGGCAAGCUGAAAUGGGUUACUCCAAGUGGGGUGAUCUUGCCGUUUUGUUUGGGAUGAUAGCUUUUUAUCGACUUCUUUUUCUCGGCAUCAUAAAGGGUACUGAAAAGAUCAAGCCUUUGAUUACGGCUUUCAUGUCGAAGACUUCCAAAACACCUACGCAGGUUAUGGUGAAUCCUUCUUCUACACCCUUAGGUGGAGAGAAACUGUAGCCCAUUUAUGAUUGCCCUUGAUUAUGCUAAUUAAAAAACAGAAUAUGAUUGUUCUAGUCGAAAGACAUAAGACUAAGGGUUUGUUUGGUAAUGCUGUAGGUUUCUUAGAGCUGCUUAAUUUUGGAAAAUUGCUGUGGAGAAGUUGCUGUAGAUCACUAGCAGAGAAAGCUGUUUGGUAUAUUUUGGGAAAUGUAAAAACUACUAUUAGUAGAACUGCUCAUCUGCUAAUAUCGAAGGAGACAUUAUCUAAAAAAUGCUAAAACUUAUAGUACUUCAAAUAUGGUUCUUUGCUACCUGACUUCUUUACGUGGCCAAGCUCGUAUUUUCUCCAUGUAAUGUUAUACAAACAAAGAAACAAAUUUUUUA